CGAUGACAGGCUGGCAAUACAAGUAAGUCCAUGUCCUCUUGUUCCUCUCGAAGGUGACAAUCGCUUGUUUUACGUUCUGUCUCGUUCUUUUAGACUGCCCCUUACAGAGGCACUCUGCGAUUAAAAAUGGGAUUAAAGGCAGCAAAACACUACCAGACAAUAAAUCUUGACAACCAUGAUGAUUCAGAAACCAAGCGCGCAGUCUUAGACCGAACCAAGGCCUCUUAUGAUCGGGCAUUGGCGACUUUUGAUGACUUUCUCGAGCUACAUCCAGGGGCAUCCUGGCCACUUGAUACUCGCACUUAUAAGGGGUUCAUGGAGUUUGUGAGCAAGAAUAUGCCAGGCCGACUAGGAGAGCACCCGACGUUGGAGACAAUGGAAUCCUUUCGUCGCCAAUUUGAGGCUGGUCUACUUUUGCGCCGUGAUUUUCGAGUCCAAGAGCACAUGUCGACCACUAUUAAGGAAUGGAUAAGAAAAGAUCUCAGGGAUCUCGUCGACCUUUCAGAUGCGGAAAUGGACAAAGAUAGUCUCUCACCAAAUGACCUAAUGGUUCUUCUCACACAGCUCUGGUGUCGAGACUUUAAGGAGUACCGGGGAACUUGCCCUGAUCGCUCACGAGUUCAACUAAGCGCCUCUUUGUUAUUAUACUGUUUUACAUCAGCAAGAACUGGGGAGGUACAUGAGUCAACAGCCCGCCGAGAAUUGUCACGCAAGCAAUCCUCUACAGCUGGGCAGUACGAAGCAAGGGCUCUUGCAGCAUGUUACAAGCACUUUACUCUGACUAUUGAACUGGUUGAUGGUAUCAAGAUGUUAGUUCUUACAUACUCCCGCGAAUAUGUGAAGGGAUUCUGGAGAAGAAAGCAUUGGCAGCGUCCUAUUCACGGCUUUUACGAGAUGUAUAGAGAACACACGCCUCUAUUUUUCAAUCUCUUGGUGUUCUUCUUGCCGUUAGCCUCUGCAGAUCGAGCCUUUCGUGAUUUCGAAUCUGUAAGCGAGAUCCUGGCUCUAGCUGAGUCUAUACAAAGCGACGAAAGUGAGAAAAUUCUGGCUACUAUAGAUUUCACGCCAGAAGUCAAGGACAUUCCUCUGUUUCGACCCUACAAUGAACAGGAAAUACAAAAGUCAACAGGAAGGUCUCGUGGCGCGGACUCCUUUGGAAAAGAUUUUGCCGAGCUUGGGAACCGUGCAGGAUAUACACGGAAUGUUACUGCACGCGCUUGUCGUCGAUGGGCUUUGAUGGAGACCGAUAAGCAUCAUUCAGAGACUGCAAGGAUGAAGUUUGCAGGCCAUAUUCAGAGAGACACCUUCGGCAGAUCCUAUGCACACCCCCUCAGUGAAGUUGAUGGGCCCGCAACGUAUUUAGGCAUCCUAACUCGCCAUGAGCAUAUACAAAACCGUCGAAGCAUGGGAAUACAUCGAAUUCCGCAACUUUGGCAAUCACUCCCAGCUAAAGCUGAGUUUGAGUUUCUCGAGAGAGAAGAUGUUAUGUCUCUUGAUAACAAGAUGGAUCAGCUCACCAGAGAAAUGGGAGAGGCGAGGGAAUCAACCGAGAAAUGUAGACUCCGAGUGGAACAACACCGGAUAUACAAUGAGAAGCAGAUACUUUACAAGCAAGAGCUUCGAAGAUUGCAGCAAACCCAAAGGAAAGGUUCGACCACUCAGCAAGGUAGCAUAUUUGAACAGACCCUCUUCUCUUUUACAAGAAAAGUGAUGCCCGAGCGUGAUCUGCUUGCACAACUACUCCCAAAGAAUGAGAGUUUGCGAAGUGCGACGGGGUUGAAAGUUCUUGCAGCUCUAGAAUCUAUAUGCUCUGGUAGCAGCACAAACGUUUACGGCGCUGGCAUGCAAGCUGUUGAUGGGGAAUGCUUUUGCGGAAGCGCCCUCAGCGCAUUCCAUCCUCAUCGCCGCUGGCUUCACCUCUACCGUUGUUAUGAAAAACGGACUCGUGAAAAUAGCCGUUACAAUUUUUCACAGGCUUGCAUUGCAUGCUGUCAAUGGUUCUCAGAUCCAGAACUUUGGAACUCACAUUGCGAGGCUCAUCUAAGUAGGCCUCAUGAGUUAAGUCGUUGCGACCUUAUAAUAUUUCGACAUGCCAUAGCAAAGGCGGCCUAUUGUCCAUUCUGCCUCGGUAGUACUGAUUUGGAGCCGUCACAGCGUAUGUGUCAAUUUCUCGAUCGCAGCAAAUGGCUAGACCAUAUUGAAUCCCACCUGAGUUCUCACAUACUAUGUAACAGGCAUCACUGCAGGCAUCCAGCAUGUUCAGUGGCUUUGACAAGCUUGCGUGACUUGCGGCACCAUUUGGAAGAUGUCCACUGUGUUCUACCAUUGCGCGGAAAAAAGAGAAAGCUUGAGUAAGAUAUCUAAGUACGGGCUUUUCAAACUGUUUGAAAUUCUGGUAGUUUCAUCACACUAUCAAUUAGAGCUU